AUGAAUGGUGAAUGUUGUGAUGAAGAAAUUUGUCGUGGAAAUCAUUUAAGUGAAAAAAAUGACAAUUAUAUUAAAGAAAUAUUGAAUGAGAAGGCAGAAGAAGAGGAUGAGGUUCAUGUAGAACAUGUAAAUCCAGAUAUCAAAGAAUUAGACUUAACAAGAAACAGAUUAAAAAAAAUUCAAAAUUUAGAUUUUUUAAAAGAGCUCCAAUUUCUUGGAUUAAGGUGGAAUUUAUUGUCAAAAAUUGAAAAUUUAACUCAUCUUACAACUUUAGUUCAUUUGGAAUUAUAUGAUAAUCAGAUUCAAAAAAUUGAAGGAUUAGAAAAUUUAGUUAAUCUUGAAAUAUUGGAUUUAUCAUUCAAUAGGGUUGAAAAAAUUGAAGGCCUUCAAAAUUUGGUUAAGCUUAGAGAAUUGUACUUGGUUCAUAAUAAAUUGACAAAAAUUGAAGGAUUAGAAAAUCUUGUUAAUUUGGAGUAUCUAGAACUUGGUGAUAACAGUAUAGCAAAAAUAGAAAAUUUAGAAACUAAUACUAAAAUUGAAAGGCUUUUCCUUGGAGCAAAUGAAAUAUCUGUAAUAGAGAAUUUAGAUAAUUUAUGUAAUCUUCAAGUUCUUAGUAUUCCAGCAUGUGCUAUACCAAAAAUUACAGGAUUAAAUAAUUUAAAAAAAUUAAGAGAAUUGUAUAUUAAUUCUAAUGGUAUUAGUGUUAUUGAAGGACUUGAUGGUUUAGAUAACUUAGAGAUUCUUGAUUUAAAUUAUAAUAGAAUAAGUGUUGUAGAAAAUAUAGAACACCUAACAAAGUUAAAAGAAUUCUGGGCUCGUAGUAAUAAAAUUGAAAAUUUUAGAGAUAUAGAAAAUUUAUCCAAACAUCCUUUACUUCAUGGAAUUUAUUUUCAAUUUAAUCCUAUCUUUGAACAAUCUAAUUAUCAUGGAAGAAUACUUAAGAUACUUCCACAAAUCAAAAGACUUGACGGUGAUUUUAAACGCGAUAUGAUUAGAUAUAAUUAUAUUGAAAAUGAUAAUAAAAAUGAAGAGUUACAAAUAUAA